AUGGGUAUAGUUGGUACCAUCAACGCAAAUAAUAAUCCCGACUCUGUAUCUGGUCUAGGUUUUGGGAUGCAAAUGAUUGGUUUUUUACUUGCCUGUAUCACUUAUCUUUUUAUGGUUCCUUUUGCUAUAUUUAUUCCCUAUCGUACUCUUUUCAAUGAUAUGGACAAUGGUAAUGUUACUUAUAGUCAUAACAAGCAUUGUAAUUUGGGAAAAGAAUAUUCUAGUAUUAUCAUAGAUGAAAAAAAAGAUGUGAAAGGAGUAAAAUCAAUUGUAAUUAACACCAGUGUCACUGAAAAUAAUACAAUUGUUGCCAAUACCAAUACAGUACCAAAUCAAAACAAUAAUAACUCCAACCCUGUCAAUAAUAACAAUAUUAAUAAUAUUAAUAGUAACCAAAAACCAGGAAUAUCAAUAGAAGAACUAUUCCAACAACAAUUGAAGAAUCAAGAAUUAAUGCAACAACAAAUUCAACUUUUACAACAACAAUUGGAUAACGCAAGAAAUAAUAAUAAUAAGAACAAUGGUGAAGAUAUUAAAACAAAUGAAAACCUACCAUUGAUAAAAAAUGAAGUCGGAAAUUAUGGAACUUUUAACAACAACUAA